CGUGUGCCAGCGCUGGGAUCCCGUCCGGCGCCGUGCCAGCCGCGCCAGCCCCGCGCACGUGGCGCCAGCCCCGCUCCCCGGGGAGCUCCGGCGGAUGGAGGAGCCGGGGUCGGCGGCGAUGGCGGAGGAGAGCUCGAGCGGCAGCAGCGGCUCGCCGGGCGCCGGGGACACGCUGCCCUGGAACCUGGGCAAGCACCAGCGCUCGCAGCGAGCCAAGGCGGCCGCGGGCAACGGCACGGUGCUGGACCCCGCCGAGAGAGCCGUCAUCCGCAUCGCAGGUACGGCCCGGGGCACCGGAACGCGUGCGGGGUGGGACAGGGGAGCCGCGGCGCGACUGGUGGGCUCGGCAUGAGCCGCUGGAGUGGGGGUCGGGGA